UGCACUGUUUCCGUUUCCCUGUUUAAACAGGGGAAGAGCACCUGGCCUCACCUGUCUGGAACUUUGUUUCCGCUUGCGGGAAACGGCGAAACUGGCGACUUUUAAACGAAGUUACGGAUUGUUUCAGUGAUGUGACCGGAUUUAAAAACAGAGAAAUGCGAACAAAGAGGACUUUUAGGAGCUGGUAACAACAGAUUCUCAGCAGUGCAGCUGGUAUUGACUGGAAAUAAAGAAACACCAAGAAUGGCUGACCUAAUCAACAAUACAAGUGAGGAGCUGUCAUUUUCACCUACUGGGUCAUCUGCAGAGCCACAAACAGCAGUAAGUAAAAAGCCAAAAGAACAUAACAGUUUGGAGGACAAAAGAAAGUUUACAGAUGAGGAGGAGGAGGAAGAAGAAGGAGAAGAAGAUGAAGAUGAUGAUGAUGAUGAUGAUGAUGUGACCAGCUCUGCUUUUCUGGAGCCAAGCACUUUACCGUGGUCGGCAGACAAAAACCGCAGAGCCCUCACAGACCAGGAUGAUGGAAUCUCGUCAGAAAAAGGAGGAUCGGAGCUUGAAGAGAGGGACACGGGGAUCAGCAGAGGGAGCCAGGACCUGUCAGAGGAGCAGAGCCAGGAAGAGGGCGAUGUGAAGAGCAAGACCAAAUGGAGGGAGAGCAUGCCCGAGGGGGAGAGGUGGAGGGACGAUGAGAUUAAGGUGAAGCAGGGUGAUAAAGAGGACGGCUCCCUCGCAGAUGAUGAGGACGAGGAAGAUGAGGAGGAAGACGAAGGGGGAUUAACGUGGGUCUCGGAAAAAUCAUCUCCGGGUUUCACGCCACAAGUCACGAUUUUGAAUCACUCCACGAAAGAGGUCCCCGAGGAGAGCGGGCAACUCAGAGAGAAGGAGGUGGAGCCGGAGAUGGAGCACGACUCCGUUGUAGAGGUUUACCAGGAGUGGACAACCAAUGACGACAAGUACUACCUGUGUGAGCAUAUCUGCAAGGAGAAACUGAGGGUGGUUUUGGCGAUGGUGGCUGCAGCAAUACUUUUCCCUUUCCUGGUGUGGGGUGGUUACGCCCUAAUACCUUUUGAUUCGCCAAAGCUUGAAAGCGCCCCCCUCAGGGUGUUGUACACACUACGCUGCGCAUUCUUUGCCAGCGUGCCCAUCCUGCUCGGCGUGGUGGUGCAGGGCCUCGCCCGGCUUCGUUACAGCGCGGUCAAGCCCCUCAUUCAGAGUAACCUGUUGAACAUAGAAGUGGCGGUGCACUGGCACUACGUCAACGAAUCGCUUGGCCUUUUCCUCUUCUACUUCCUCCAGCUUGCUGUCAUGGCAACCUACAUCAGCCAGGACCUCAUCAAACUGGUGCCGCUGCUCACCAUCGUAUUUGUUUUUGGCAGGCUGAUCUACUGGCUCUGCCUCUCCCUGGGCAGCAGCGCCAGAGGCUUCGGCUUCGGCUUCUCCUUCUUCCCCAUACUGGUCAUGCUGGGCACCAACCUCUACUUCGUGUGCUCGUCGAUGGGACAAGACGGCGUCUUUGAUGUGGCGCCGCCCACCUCGGCUCCUCCACCCAGGCAGCGCUGGUGGGGUUAAAAGGGCGUGGAGCGGAGAGAGACAAUGAAACCUGUAAUAUAUUUGCUCACAGACAGCUCGUUCUGUUCCGGGGGGGUUGAGAGGACGUUUGGUUAACCCCCCCCCCCCCGUUUUAAUAAAGAAGUCAUCUGCUGAUGAGAAAAUUACAAAAAUAUGUUUUAUGAUCAUUGAUCAGCAGUGUUGUGAACAUGUGGCUACUUCACCAGGUUGAUGUGAAGCAGCUGCAGCAGGAUGCUUUUUAAAAAAAAUAUUUUUGUAUAAUUUAGCCUUGAUGCAUCUCAUUAUACGAGGCUGUUAAUCAGUGACAUCAGAAAAGCUGAAUCAGUGCUUUCCCAGGAAUAGCGACUCCAGCACCCCAUCAGGAAAUAUGAUGCGGCGAUAAAUGUGAGAAAACGCUCAGAGUUCAUGAAAAGCUAAAGGAUUACAACUUGUCAGUGCGAAAUGUUUCCUCUGACCUCUUUCUGUUUACAAAGAAUUCAAACGUACGAGCUCCAGUUAUGCUGUGGGUGAAGAAAGUGACUUUAAAAAUGUUAAAAACCGGAGUGUCAAAAUCAUUUCCACUCACACGCCAAAAAGUGAACAAUCUACUCUAAAGUGGCUCAGACCCCUGAAACCGCUGCGUGAUAAUCUGGAGGGAAACCGUUAAUCAACCGUCCAAUCAUAAAACGGAUCACUCUGUACAGUUGUCUUUUUUUUUUUUUUUUUUUUCUUGUUUUUGAACUUAGCUUUGAGCAGGUGAUGAUGUAGACAAUACAUAGAUUUAACAUUUUGGACGCCCUCAUGAGACGAUCCGUUCUUAAUGACCUACAACUCUGUAGUCUCAUGUUUUCUGCUGAUGUAGUACUUUGUUUGUAUAUCUACUUGUUCUUUUUUCACUUGAGGUCAUAUUUGGUGGCUUAAACUUUAAAAUACACAAACUAAAACAAAAUAUCUGAACUCUCGACAUAAGAGGAGAAUUAAAAGAUUUUGAAAUCAUUGUCUUCCAUUUAUUUUAUUUUCACACUGCUGCUGCCAGCUGUGGCUUUUUAAACGUAAUAUUUAUAACUGUGCCUGUUAAAUGCACCUUUGUUUUGAUCAAAGGCUCUUCUUUGUUCAUAGCAGCACAAACUGAAAUCCUAUUUUUGGAUUGUCCUUUUUUAUGUGUGUGUGUCCAAAGGAUGUUUUGUGUUUACCACCCCCUCCUCUCAUGCUGUCAGUGGUAAAUAUGUAAAGAAAAUGUCAAUAUCUGGGCCCCUGAAUGAGUUCAAUAAAUCUUUAUUAUGAAACAUGA